CAGUGUGCCGUGCAGCUGUGUAAUAUUCAUCAUCGAAAUUUUCCCUUUAGUCGCAUAAACGCACUGCUCCGAUAUGCACCGGAACGCAAUUUCGGACGCGGCCCGAGUCGACCCGAGUGUGAGCGUCCGAGUAGAGCCGAAAAUCUCUUUUUGUUCCGUUCCGUUUUUCCUUCAUUAGCACACCAUACCGCACACUACAAGUUUUCGCGAGUGUUCGUUCUUCGACGAGAUUUUUUUCCAUGCUGGUCGCCCGUUUGUGUCAAUUUAUCGUAAAAGAAAAGAAAAAUUAAUUAAGGAAAAUCGCCCGAAAAAAAAGUGCCGUGCCCGAUUGCUGCCACUGCCACCGUACUCCUCCUAGUCCCUGCCUGCUUUAUCAACCGUGUUCUGUGGGGGGUGGCAGGAAAUCCUCAACGGAUAAACCCCGAACCAGAGCAGGCGAGCAAGUGAGACAGCAAAGAAAAGCGAAACGAACAAGGCCGUAGAAGCCUCCUGUGGGGAUAACCCCCGAAAAAAAAACGUGAAAAGAAAAUUCGAUGACAGAGAAAGCAGAAACAAAAAAAAUCUAUAUAGGUAUACUACAUUCAUGCAUGUGAAGACCUAACCUAGCCCAGCCAGGCAGGCCAGCAGGAGACGAAGAAGAUCCGCGAAGCAGCAGCCUCGCGAAGCACGAUCACCGCGAUUAGACGAGCCCGAAGUGUUGACACGACCGCCCAUCAAUCAAUCGCGCGCGCUAGAACAAGGCGGCACAGAAGAUCCUCGCAAGCAAGAACACGCACGAACGCACACGCACUGAAGAAAUAAAAAAAAAAGAUACGGGAAAUGCGAAAAAGAAAACGAAGGCCUGCAGGAAAAAUUUAGUGAAGUUUAGUGAAGGUUUUAGUGAGUGAUUCUUUUUUCUCCAGUUUCUUUUGCACUGUUUUGCGUGGUUCCUUUCUUCGGUUCGAACGGGCUCGGGCCAUUCAGUUUUCUGUUUUACGGGUUUUUGCCUAGGUUCCGCGCGUAAUCGUCGUCGUCCCCGUCGUCGUCGUCGUAAUUGUCGACGUCGUUGUUGUCGCCGUCGUCGCUGCCAUUAUCUCUCCGUUGUGCUCGCGUUGUGUGUAAAGUUACGGAACAAACCAGCGGAGUUUUGGCGUUGAACUUUCCACCAAUGUGUGUGGCACCAAAGGUGCGUAAACGUAUCUUCCUAACCUGUCACUUGAGCUUGAGCCGGCAAGCAGACGGAUGCAGUUCAGUUGAUCUAGAUCCCUAGAUUUUUUUGUUUGGUUCCGGAGUGGCGUGCAGCAGAAGCUGAAGUGUGUGUGGCUGUGUGUGCAUAUGUACGUGCGUGGCCCCGAGCGAGCCAGUAGCCGCAGUGUGUAUGUGCGAUUUUUCAUGUGAUCCGGGGGGAAGUCGUUGGAAAAAAGCCUCCUAAAUGAAAAGUGGACUGGAGCGCGUUGCUGAAGAAUUGAUGGGACGCAGGAAAUGGAAACACUAUCAGGACGUCCUAACGCGCCAACAGUUGAACCUACUGGACCCGAGCACGAACACCGUGGCCGUGGACGACGACGAUCUGCUCGACAGUGCAGCAGCGGCCGUAGCCACCGGUGUUGCCAGCAACGCUGUUCCAUUCACCCCCGCACUGGUAGCGGCAGCGGUCGGCGGAAAUCUCCUAGACCAAAAAGGCGCCGCCACGAUUGUACGCAACGGACACUAUCAGCAAGACGGAGAACUAGAAUCCAAACUAGCAACAGCCAACAAUCAACAAGUAGCAGUCGCAGCAACAGCGACAGACAAACAAGCAGAUCACCACCCGCUAGCGGAAGCGGCUACUGUAGCAACCAGGAAGAAUCAUUUCAAUGAGAACGAUACGAAACCGACGGCAACGGCGGCCACUCCUUCACCUCCGUCUACUGCUCCCCACCAGCAUCCAGUGGCAGUAACACUCAACAACAAUAACAACAACAACAACAACAAUCACCAUCACCACCCUCAUCUUCUCAACCAGACCCAGCUGGUGGAAGGGAAAAAAGUCAGGUCCGAUCUGGACCAACCGGAGAAUCCGGAGGAGCAGCAGCGCGAGGACCCGGCCACCCGCGAGGAUUUGCGUCUUCUCGGGACGACGUCGAGCGACGGCAAGAUAGUGAACUCCGUUGCCUCGCCGGCCCUGUCCUGUUCGUCGUCAUCGUCGGCGGCAUCGACGUCCUCAGCUGCGUCGUCGGCGGCUUCGACAACCACGACGGCAACGGCCACCACGGCGGCCCUACUGUCGCCGUCCGCUGCCGGUGCCACCUCCACCGGCGUCGCCACCGAGCUUGACGAUCGGAAGGAGCUAGUCGGCAAACUAGCAAUCAAACUGGAACCAACAGCAGAAAAUCAAAACAUUUCGCCAGCACCGCCGGAGCAGAGUAAACUAAUUAAGCAGGAACAUUGCAACAAUUUGCUAAGCAGUAAAAUCAUCAUCAACAACAACAACAGUGCAACCAACAACAACAACAAUAAUAAUAUUUCAAGCGGUAACCUAGGCGACGGCGGUCUCCCGGUUCCGCCAGCAACGGUAGCAGCCGAUGAGGAAAGUACAACGGUAGGCGGUGGCGAGGGCGGUAGUUCGAAACUUCCGCGAUCGCAGCCCCCGACGCCGGUAGACUGGAAACCGCAGGACAAGUGUUACUUCUGCGUCGACGGGAAACUGCUUACGGUGAACGAAGCCGGCGAACUGGUGCCGGAAUCCGGCCUCGGCGUCGGUGGACCGAACGUCCUGCCGAAAACCGAACUGGACCUAAGUCACGGGGUGCUGAAUGACAGCGACAGCGAUUCGAGCGACAGCAGUGAACCGGAUCUUCGUGCCGUGGUGGGACGACCGGGCUCUGCCUCGACGAAAUCGCUGGCAGCACUGCUGCGGAACGCCAGCGGUGUACCACCGACGAUGACCUCGCUGCAAUCGAUGGCGGCCCAAUUUGCGGCCGUCGCGUCACUUCAGGGCAUUCAACCGGGUCUGGCGCAGCUGUACAGUCCUCUAUGGUACUCCCAGCUGCAGCAGCAACUGUCCCCAUCGGGCAGUACGGAAACGGCCGUCGUCGGUGGAGUCGGCGCGGCAGAAAAGGGUGAAGGUACCGUUUUGGGACCUGGCGGUGAACAGCCGCUAGAUCUAAGCGCCAAACCGGGAACAUCCGGCCUGAACGCCGGUCUGAUGAUGAGCAUGAUGGAUCCGAAGCAGAUCUACAAGGCAAAACCGCGCCUCUCGCCGAUUGGUGGCCGUCGAACCUACACCGAGGACGAGCUGCAAAGUGCCCUACAGGACAUACUGAACGGUAAGCUUGGUACGCGUCGAGCGGCCGUCCAGUACGGCAUUCCACGGUCGACGCUGCGCAACAAGGUCUACAAGCUGGCGAUGGAGCACAAGCGGGAAAUGCUGCACAACAUGUCGCUUGCGGCCCUGGUGGACGACGACGACGAUAAGGACUCACUGGAGGAUGAAGGCAAGGACGAUCCGUACUCGAUGAAGCUCAACCAGCAAGCAUUUGCCGAAGCGUACCUGCGAGUGUACCGGGGCAAUAGUAGCACCCCAAAGCUGGAACCGAGCUCGAGUCCGGCGACUCCUCCCCAGCAGCAGCGAACGCCCGAACCUCCUCUGCUGAAACCCAUACAAACUCAAACACCUCAACCGACGGUACCACCUCAGUCAUCUCCGCUGGCAGCGGCAGCAAACAGUCUUAUCGAUCCGAGUCUACUACUGCAACUGCAGAGCCUACUGCUGGCAGGAGGCAUUCCGGGCUUGACCAAUACGGCGGCACAAUCCAAUAGCCCCGAGGAAGCUGCUGCAGCUCAAGCAGCACUGGCUGCCUUACCUGAGCUGUUGAAAAAACUCAUCCAGCAGCAGGAACUGAUCGCCGAACAGAUCAAAAAAGCCACCAGCAGUGAACCGAGGCCCAGCGCGGUAACGCCAACGCUUAACAACGGCCAACCAAUCGAUCCCCGGCUGCUUCCGUUUCUACAGGCGCAACAGCAGAACAAACCUCGAACGGCUUCCGGUACACCGGAGACAACCUCUUCGCUGGACCUGAACGAUGGCGGAAGUGAUGACUCGCAAGUUAUACUGAAAAUUCCGUCCUACAAGCCAGUUCCCGGCAGUGCUCCGACAAUGCCAGCGACGGCCGCAGCUCUACUGGCGGCCGGAAAAAAUGGCGAUCAUCACAGUCUUUCAACUCCAUCUCCGCCGACUGCUACAGCAACUUCAGCCGCUGCCACGGUACGGGACCUCAGCAGCCUGGUGAGUGGAACCCUCGGAGCGCCCGGGCCCAGUACCGCCAGCAACAGUUCUCGACCAGUACACAACACUAGUCCCCAACAGCCACAACAGCAAAACCCUGCCCAACCACCGAACCACCUGUCAGUCAUAUCGCCUCCGAUGGGAAUCAGGCCUCGAAGCAGUUCUCAAUCACCUCCCAACUCGCUGCUGGGUGGCAAAUCAAUGCUUUCGAUCAACGACGUGAUCGCACGAAGUAUCAGUAAAAACUUCCAACAGCAUCACCAGUCCGAUCUGCUCAAACAGCAGAUGGAAUCGAUGGAACAGUACAAACGGCCCACCAUUUCGGUCAUCAAGAACCUGGGUGGAACGGACAUUUCCCGUUUCGGUAGCAAUCCGAACAUUACCCAAAUGACCGCAGCGCAGCUGGCCAACACCGGCACCGGAGGCAAAGGAACCCGGCCGAAACGAGGCAAAUAUCGAAACUACGAUCGUGACAGUCUGGUGGAAGCGGUCAAAGCCGUACAGCGAGGUGAAAUGUCGGUACAUCGUGCGGGAAGUUACUACGGUGUCCCCCAUUCAACGCUGGAGUACAAAGUAAAAGAGCGCCAUCUGAUGAGACCUCGGAAGCGAGAACCCAAACCCCAACCCGGUUUGGAUGGGCUAAAGUCGGACCUCGGAGCCAGCAGUUCCGUCAUGAGAACGCUUGAUAAAAGUAAAAGUCUGGCCGGUCUUGGGUCCAGCUCCAAGCAGCAGCAGCAACAACAGCAGCAGCAGCUGAAGAGUCAAUAUGCCAGCGCCUCGCCAAAUGGUGGACUCAAAAUGCCAAUGUUCGACCCAACGAUGGCUUCACAAUUGCCCUAUGCAUCACCCUUUCUGUGGCCCCAUCCGGCCGGUUUCACCGGUCUUCCGAUGGAUUUUGCGCGACAGUCCGCCGGAGCGGGUGCCAGUACGAGUGGCCCCUCCAGCGAUAAUAUUUUCGCUUCACCCAUGCUGCAAAGGUUUCAGCAGGAGCAACAGCAAAGCAGCAAAGUUCCCAACCCCAGCGGAACGAAUGCACCGAAAACGGCUCGCGAACUGGCGGAAAGCAUAUACGACGGUACAAGUACAAACGGCUCAUUGCUAGAUGACAUCAUUCGGCACAGUCUGGACAAGAAACCAGGCGAAAUGCCACACGGGGCACUGUUUGAUCAGCUGAUGAAAUCAAACCUACGAACGUCGACCGCCACCGGUUCGGAGGAUCCUUCGGCAGCCCUUCUUGCCAGGGUUGGUGCAAAGCGCAGUGCUACCAGUCCGCUCAAUUACCUGCCAGACAACAUCAAGCGAGAGCGCGCUAGUCCCGGUGCGUCGUCCACCUCAUCGACGGGCAGCACGAAACCGGCCGGGCUCGGUUCUGUCAGCUUCAACGACCACCAUCAUCACCACCAACAGCAACAACAGCAGCAGCAGCACCAACAACAGCAACUUCAUCUUCAGCAACAGCAGCAGCAGCGACACUUGAAUACCUCCACCGAUAGUAUGCUCGACACUCACUCACUGUUGGCCAAAGGAAACCUAGCCGUCGAGAGCCUGAUAAAGCUACGUGAGGAUCUCACAUCGAUGUCCGUGGCGCACCAUCAUCAGAGGACAUCAAUGGAAGAUCAACACAACGGUGCUAAGGACGACCCGUCCUCCUCCGGUCGGGCGGAACAGCAACCGCAGCAGCAUCAGCAGCAGCAGCAGUUACUGUCACAUCGGCUCGCUUCUCAAGGCAAGCACUUACCGACCGAAGACAGUUCAUAGAAGCGACUGUCGCUGGAUGCGCUACUACUGUGGCGCUCGCAAACGUUUCUAGGCUAGGAAAAAAAACGAAGCAAAAUCGGCGCGUCCGACGCCCGCGCCCCAGGCGAAGAGCAAAAUUUGUAGUUCAAAUAUUAUUAUUGUAGUUAAAGAAGAAGAAGAAGAAGAUGUGGAGAAAUCAAAUGGCACACACUAUGGGCAGGUGUUGACAAUUUUUAUUCAUAACUGUUUUAAACAAAAAAAAAAACACGAGAAUCAAAACUAAUAGGACACACGAUGAGUAUGAUGAUGAUGAUGAUGAAGAAGAAAAAAAAUAGAUGAAGAUGAUGAUCUAGCAGUGGAAGGAAAAUCGCGAAUUACAGUACACUAUAGUGAAACAAUAGAGAAUGAUUUUUAACGUGAAACAAAACAAGAAGAAGAAGCAGAAGACGCAAAUUUUUUGACAAUCGACCAAUAGGCUCUUGUAUUUCCUUUUCCUCGCUCCAUCUUUCUCCUGGAAAUUCCUUUUCCCGAAACGCACCCGGAUCAAACUAAACAGAAAAAAAAGAAAAUCGCACCAUUCGGACAAUCCGGGUAUCCUACCUAGUUCUCCCCAGCAGCAGCAGCUUACGAAACAAUAAUCAGAAGGUCUGAUUUUUAUAAUAUACCAAGUGAAGGUUGAUCUUUAUGAGACACAACUCGUACUCGUACCGGAGCGAAAUUGGAUUUUUUUUAAAAUAGAAAGCACCACAGUCAAAACAUCAAGUUUUGAAGUCAGUGACCGUGGCGAACCCCGCUAGCCUGCCGUCGUACCGCACCGCACCGCGGAGCGAGCUACAGUGAGUACGUUUGGAAUAAUCUGUUUGUUUGACCACAUUUCAACCCUGGCCACGAGCUGUCACGAUUGAUUUUCAAUUCAUUAAGCCUAGCAAUCACUUCAAAUUGGUCAGCUACUAUUGCCGGCCUGCUUUGUUUCGAUAAUGAUGCAACAACAAUAAUAGUAGCAACAAUAACGAGGAAAAAAUGAGAAUAUGAAUUGCUUCCCACUGCGGAAAAAAGAUUAAUUAAUCUGCAUUUGUCAUGCAGGCAGCGGCGCAGCAGUGACAAACAGGGUUGCUGCUGGUUGCGUCCCUUUCUGUCCUGCACGCAUUUUCUUUGAUCCAGUCAAAUUGAGUUGAAAAAAAGACCAACCAUUCAGUCACCUUCUAGCCAGUAAAUUUACCUUUUUCUGAAACAUUUUUGAGCUCGCAGGUCAAUUAAAACGAUUGCUACGUAGCAAAGCUACGGCGCACUCGUAAUGACUGCGAAUUAAGGCCCGGCUUGGCGGACGUGGCAAACCAGCCAACAGGGAAGGAAGUAAAACGAAUCGAUCAAACACGCAAUUAUCCAAACCCUCAACAGCAGACAUACACACACAUACAAGCGAACGCGCGGUCACAAUUCAGGAUGAUGAAAAAAUCCACCCUCAAUAAUUUUAUUAACUUCUUCCUGUUCCCCCCUUCUAUUUACCGGCUCCCACACGACUUUUGCGUCCCGAACUGAUACAUAAUCCAUUCCUGAAUCGUUCGAGAACGACUUCCUCGACCUCGUCGAAGUACGGCAGCAAAUGAAUCAAUGUUCGACAAACAGAAGCUUUUUAUGUAAAUGUGUAUUUAUCGCGAAACUAAUAACCGAUAACCAAAAAAAAAGUAAAGCAACACUUGUUUGGAUGUCAGAAACAAAAACAAAAAUUAACUAGUCAAAACAUUUUGCACAUUUUGUAAACAAAAUUCAAUGUCGUGGCUAAAGAGAAACCAAAAUCUAAGCAAAAAAAUAUUUGUCAUUAAGUAAAAAACAAAAAACAAAAGUGUAUCGAUUUACGGAAAACAUAUUUGGUGUUCAAAAUUCUAUCCAGAAAAAAAUAAAACAAAAUAAUAAGAAAAUCUUUAUCGAUAUAUCGUGCAGAGCCGAGUAAGAGAAAGGCCGUUUAUCAAAUCAGAAAUCUAUGAAGUCGUGAAAACAUUGUUUAUCUUUGACAAAGUAUAGCAGGCGAGGGAUAAAUUUAUAAAACAUUUUACCAAAGCAAAAAAAAGACAGUGAAAAUCCAAGUAAUCUAUGUUUCGACGUUUUUAUCUUUAACAAAAUCAACAUAGAAAUCCUCCAAUGAAAAAAGUAUUUGUGUACUACGUAAACUAAAAAAAACAGAUAUCAAAAUUUAAAGGGAAAAACCAAAAUAUCAAAACAAGUAAACUCGAUGUUUUAACUAACGUGACACAGCAAGUAGAAGCGAGGGUGCAUGCAGCAGAUGUCCACCUACAAGAGUAAGAUAUGACGAGAAAAAAAAUCAAUGUUUCGCGUCUCAGUAUCAUUGAUCCUCACAGUUAUUAUAAUUAUCAGCGAAAAUCGCAGAACGUAUAAAGCAUCCCAUGCCCUCUCUCUUGAAUCACCAACACACCCCGAAUACGGAACCCCACUGACAAAAAAAAACAAACGGAAAAAGCUAAAACAAUCCUCAAACACUUUCUACUUUUUUCUGAAAGUGAGAGGAAAGAAAGCGAAAACUCCAAUUCAGAAAAAAAACCCUAAAAAAAACAAGCAGCAGCAGAAGUAAAAAAAAACAGCUGAAAAAUAUAUUAUAUAUGUGUGUGUCUUCACGUCGCGUAUACCUCAAAAGCAGAAGAAAACAAAAACAAAAACAAGACAGAGAAAGAAAGAGUAAAAAAAAAACAAAUCAAAGCAUAUUAUUAAUCGCACCACAACAACAACAGCAAGAAGAAGACAAGAAGUAAUCGAAGAACAAAACAAAAACAAAAAAACGUCAUCCCGUUCGAAGAACACAUUUCUUCUCUCCCGAAUCCUUCAGUUCGCAGCUUUUCUUGCGUUCUUCAGUUUCAUUGUUUUUCCGUUUCUCAAUUCGUUUGGGCUUUCGUUGGGUGAAAUGGCGAAAGAAAAAAUAAAAAAGAAAGAUGUUGUUCAAUGUUCAUUACCAAUCUUAGAAGAAAGAAAAAAAAAUUAACCACACCAACAUCAACACUAAGAUGAAUGGGACGAAACGGAGAAAAUUUUAUACUGAAGGUGAAAAUUAUACAGAAUAUAUUACAAUUAAUUAUUGAAGAAUAUUUAUAUACUAUCUGUGAUUGAUAAUCCAAAAUUUUGUAUGUAUAUUUUUUCUCUAACAAAAAUAACAACAACCAGAACAAGAACAAACAAAACAAAAAAACAAAUUAAAGAACUAUUUCAUUACGCUACUAGUGCGAGAGCAAAAAAAGCGAAACACGUGAAGGAGAUAAAGAAGAAAAACAAACAAAGAUUAGAAUCAACUCAAGAGCGAAACAAAGAGAGGAAGGAGGUAGAGAGAAUCGAAUCGUUUUCGGUCAACCAAGAAUUCUGUUUUGUGUUCUGCGUUUAAAAUACAUUUCGCGCAAUAAUUAAUAAAUAACCAGAGAGAAGAAGAAGAAGAACAACAACAACAACAACCACAAUAUAAGAAGAACAACAACAUCAACUACGGGCAAUUUGUUGACCGACCGACCGACCGUCCGGCCGACCACUAAUUCUAAUUAGGAACAGUGCUCUUUUGCUCAGAAGUUUAUGUGCUUUGCAAAAUUCUGGGUAAUUCUUCAGGAUGUUUCCCAGAGCUAAAGUUUAUAUUUCUCGAGCACAGACAUCAAAUUGAUGCUCCAACUUGUUGCUGCAAUUUGACCUAUUGACUGUUUCAUUCUGGUUGACAUUCUUUUCAUGCCAUAGAUUGCACGAACCUUAAGAUUUGCGAUAUUCAAAUUGUUGCAAUUUUAAAACUAAAGGCGAAAGUUAAUUUUUCAACAAAGAUUUUUGGAUCGUCAUAUGAGCGGAUGACAAAAUCAUGGCACUCUGUCUGCUCGCGGAGUAACUGUGAGUAACUGUUAGCCGUCUUGAAAAGCACAGUUUUGAUGCACAACAUAAUCACCCUUAAUCUUGUUUUCGUUCGAAUGAUAUUCGUUCGAAAGUUAAGCCGAUUCGUAUUCUUGUUUUCGUGCGAAUCAAUUCGAACGUUCGAACGCCCCUUCCUUUUGUUCAUUCGAAUAUGAGAAUAGUGCCUCCCGAUUCGUUCGAAGCUAACUAUUCGUGCGGAUGCAUGAUACGGCCGUAAACUAGAAUAAAAGUGAAUGAAUCUUGGCACCUUAUUUUGAGGAAAAACGUUAUCGACUUUUAUGGGCGACUUACGUGCGUGUCUGCUGAAUCAGGAACCUAAGGGAACGACGUUACGAAUUUUGUGACGUGAUUUUUACCUGCCAAUCCUGUAAAUAAAGGGAAAAAAAGAACAUUUUUAGUAAAACUUCACUCUGCAGUGCGGUUUUCGAGCUGUGAAUUUAACACAAAAUGGGUCCAAGAACGCUCACUUGCGGUACUUCGUGGGUCGUGGGGCUCGAUAUUUGUGAUCAAAUACUUUAAAACAAAUUAUCAUCUGUCUUAUGCGCCUUUUUGGAGGCUUUAAACACAACGCCCGGGAAACAAUCGAUCGACGAUCGGUCGGUCGAUCAAACAAGUUCGCAAACGCAAAAAAAAACGUAAUUCGGUUUUCGUCUUCAUGUUUUUUCCCUGUUUUAUUUGUACUGUUUUCUUUCUUCUUUGCAACUUUGUAUAACAACAACACGUUUGACGCGAGAGCAGUUCCGAGAACUACACGUUACUUCUUGUUUUUCGAGUAGCAUACAAAAUACCGGAAGGAAGGGAGAUACCGAUUUGUUUUUGUUAGGAAAAAAGAAGUAAUUUAAUAUUAAAAGUAAAUAAAAAAAGUGCAAUUAGAACGAUAUAAACCGUAACAUAUUCGUUAUUUAUAUUAAAGCGAGGAAAGAAGAAAAAUGAUGAAGAAACGUAAAAAAUAAAUUAAAAUAUAUAGGGAAAAUUAUUUAAUUCUAUAUUUACAACAACAAAAAAGGAAAACUUAAGUGAGGUAAGAGAAAGUCUUAUUAAAAAAACGGUGAAAUUGUAAAAAAAUGAAAAAUUACUAGAGCAGUUUUUGUAUAGGUAACAAAUCAAAAGAAGAAACUAAACAAAAAAAAGGUGACAACAAAAGAUACAUUGACAGGAUGCAUUGCAGCAAACACUCGAAACAUCAGCAUUGAAAAUGGUCAGAAGAUAAAAGCAAAAAUUAACAAUAACAGCAGGAUUUCUGGGUAUGUGCUUCACAACAAAACGACAAAGUAAUCUAAAAACAAGAAAACAGAACAAACUCGUUACAAAAUAUUGGAGAGACAUAAGAUUGAUUACUACGUAACAAAAUACCAGCAAAAAAAAAGUUCGGUUCAAUGAAGAAAAGCUAAUUCCUAUCGGCGAAGAGAAACAACAUGAACAGGAACUACAACUUGUACUCCCCCGCUGUCACUUCCUGAUCGACGGCUCCCACAUUAUGGCUCCCUUUUCCCUAAGUAAGUCUUUUGUUACGCAUUUACGAUUUAACAAAAAAAAAACUAAAUGAAAAUCAAAAUCGAUCGGUUCGGAAAGCUACCGUAAUCAUACCAAUAGCUAGUGCAAUCUUUUUUUUUUAGAGCAUAUAUAGCCCCGAAACAUUUUUCUCUUAGCUGUUAGUCAACGCAAGGCAAGAAAUUAAUCAAAUUCUGAACAGUUUUGGCACAUUUUCAACGGCGACAUAUCAAAGAGCGACUACUCUUCUACUCAUCGGUUUCACAUUUACGAUUGUUUUACUCAAGCAGGAAUUACCCAACCUCAGUGGAGAACAAACAAACACAGCAGCAAACAUCAAUGUAAGAAACAACUGGAAUUAAGAACAGAACACAGCAAGCAACAAACAGCAACAUCUCUUGUUGAAGAGUUUCUUUUUCGUUAAAUAUCAAAAUACUGCUACUACAACCGUUGCGGAAAGGAUUCCGCCUGCAAGCGGUUCACAAUUCCUAGCGGCCGAAACUAGCACGGAAGGGUGAACCAUUCGGGCGAAGCCUUCAGCGAUGCUUUCUUUUCUGAUUACCCGGAAACAAUAGAUUUUGGACAGGAAACCUUUUGGUCAAUACAACACAUUUUGGAUGGAUGGUAAAUUUUCAACAUACGAACAUAUACAGGAAACGUGCGUUCGGUGCAACACCAACACCAACAUCUUGACGCCGAACGAAAACGGAUUGGACACACACACACUCUAAGAUUGUAAGCGAAUAAAUGUACGAAACCGUACAGAAACUCACCUUCAACCUCCCUAAAAACGAAUCUAAGCCGACAGUCGAUUGUUACUAUAAUACGCUCUCCGGUGUGCUAUAGUAAUGCAACAAUAACUACUCAAAACCAAACAUAUGAUCAAUAGUAAACAAACAAUAGCAAUGGAUAUCUCUCACAACUACACUAACAAACACAUACAAACAAACAAACACGAAAACGUGAACUCAUUGAAAUGAUUAUUGCUGCUACUAAAGUUUGAAACAAAAUCUUCACCGCAAACAAACAAACUACAGAGGAUUGCAUGAUUCAAUCACAUCACUCUCUCACACUCACACACACACACAAGAUUCUGUCAAAACUACAAUAGCCUGGUUACUGGGAUGAGCUCGCCUCGUCCCGUUUGUUUUUCAACGCACAUACAAUAAAUACACACUCACUUUCAUACAGUUUACAUUGAAUAAAUGCACAUUCUUUUCAACAAAUCUAUCUGUUACUUUUCUAAGGCAGUAAUAAUUAUUACUAUAAGACGUUAUAAACUGAAUAUUAACCCGUUUUACCCCUUGCAUCCCCUUUCCUUCCCUGAAGCAGAAGAAUAAACACAAACAUACACAGUUACACACUCCUACAAUAGAAUAAUCAAGCCGCUGCAGAGAAACAUACAACAGAGAAAAUAAAACGAUCGGAAGAUCCCUCGGGCGUCCCCGCUCCAGGCAGCUUCCGAUUGACAAUAGUUAUUAACAGAAAAAAAAACAAAUGCAAAAUGUGGAAAAUUUAACAGUAAGAAUUCAAUUUAAUUAAAAUACACACUCACACACACUCUCCGCACGCCGAAUACGCGUGCGAAAUGGUAAUACAAAUUUCGUACUAAAAUAAUUCCAAUUCAUUUACAAUAGCAAACAGAGCAAACAUCAGUAAACAAAACAACCAACAAACAAGGACAUGUUGCUGGCAGAAAGAGACGACGAAACCGGAAAGAGAAGAAAUAAACUAUCAGAAAAAAUAACAAAAAAAAACAAAUACUUGCAUGCCAAUGUGAAAAUAAAAUAAGAUGAGAGAACAAAACAGUAAAAAAAAACAAUCGCUUAUUGAUUCUCGUUUUUUUCGGACUCGGACCCGAUGAGACGCACAACACUUGUCGAACGCGAGAGAGCGAGAGAGAGAGGUCUUCAUUCCGUUUCAGCAAAACAAAAACCAACAACAAAAAAAAGAUAAAUAAAACAGUUUCUGUGACUAGAUGUUGAUGAAGCAAAAGCGAACAUAUACAUAUAUAGGUUGUAAGUGAAAUAUUCGAUUUCUUUGUCUGAUUUAUGCGUAGAAUCAGUUGUAGAUGUUGAUUACGAGGAAAAUAAAAACAAAAUGUUAGAUUUAUCACGCCCGAACUCAGAGGUAUGAAUGAAACACGUUAGUAAAAUGGUGAGGAAAAUGAUGACGAAAGGUUAAACUGUUGCCCGCUCUAUUGCGCAGGAGCAGUACAAUACAACCAAACACACAUACACACGCAGUUAGUGGUAAUUUUUCUUGUUGAGCAUAUUUUUCUACGGAGAGCAUUUUUACAGCGGAGGCGAACCUGUUGUUUAAACAAAAUCGUCGCAACUUGUUUGUUUACUAGAUUUUUUCUUCGGUGUAUCUGUCAGAACAACAACAACAACAAGAAACAAACAAAUAAUAACAAUAAGUGAAACAAAACAACUUACAAAUCUAAGAUGGCUGCCUGAAACAAUAAGACAAACAAAAAACAAACAACAAACAUGCAAACAAGAAUAACAUAGGAUCAUUAGAGUCAUAACUAACACAACCACAAACAAACAAAAACCCGAGCGCCCGCUGCUGCACCGGAUGCUUCGUCUGUAUUGGUGCAGCGGCAUGCGUUUGCAGUAUGCGCUUGCAAUAGAAUCACCAGGAUAUCACUACUGUUCGAGAUACUAGGAAAACAAUUAAAAAGCUAUACUUUUUAAGUUCACUGUUUUCGGUAGAAACACAUACCCUCUUAAACACAAACACAUACACACAAAUACACACAUUCAACAAAUUUUACCACCAUAAAUGUGCCAGAAACUGAACUGAAACGUAGCGGUCCGAAGUAAAAAUUAAACCUGCUUACGCUGAGUAGAAAAUAAAAAUCAACAAACACCUGUUUAAUUCUCUUUCUAACCCUAACUAUUUCUUGGAAGAAGGAGAAGCAAAAAAAAAACAUUUAAAAAAAUCGCAUAACUUGAGGAUGAGAAACGAACCAAAAAUCAAGCACACACGUGGACAACUCCAUACACUCUUAAAAACAUACAUCUGCACGUUUAGAAGCGAAAAAAAACAAAAAAAAACGUGUCAAGCAGAAUGCCUUAUAUCUUAUAAAAAAUGAAAGCGAAGAAACUGAAAAAAAAACUAAAUUUAAAGAAAAAAAUCCUGUACAGUCCACAGACGCAGUCAACCAGUCAGUCAGUGAGUGGGAAUGAAAAAGAAAAAUUAAAAACUGUUUCGCCACCACACAUACAACACACACGCGCGAUAUUUCGGGCUCUAUUGUUCAGUAUUUUUGUAUAUUAACCCAUACCGAUCACAUACACACAUGCAUACACCCAUAAAACAUAUGCUUACGCAGGCACGUAUCAAACGCUGCAUGUGAAAACACACUUUAGCGAAUUCAACAAAGCAAAACAAAAUCAAAAUCAAAAGGUUCACCCACCCACAAAAGAUAAUCGUGCUAGUGCUAACGUAGAUUAACACACACACACACACGCACUCAUACGUAAUAGCGGAUGAUAGCUUUUAGAUUCGAAAAAAAAAAAACUAUAUCAUUAGUAAGUGUUUGUAACUUCCGAAAGUAAAUCGUCGAUCUACUAAAUGUGUCAUUUGCCUUGCCACCCAGUUGGUCUCGAGGUACAACGCUGCCUAAUCUACUAACAAGUUGCCAGUCGUCGUAUAUUCGAAUUUCGUCGACUGGGAGAGACUAUUACAGUCAAUAGAAUCGAAGCACUGAUCUCGUAAUUGUCCUGUACACAAUAACAGCUGGUUUCGAAGUCUUUCAAAGCAAAAUUCCAUCGAAUGUGGCUCCAAGACUUUGCUUUCUCACACUUUUUUGGUGUGAUUCACUAUAACGGAGAUGACCGGAAUUUUUGACCAAAACACCUGUACCAAUCCAACCAAUGAAUGUACCGCUAACGCUAUGUACCUUUAUGAAACGGAACUACGUUACUGAUGUUUGCCUUAAAUAGAAUCUGGCAUAAUUUGUCCUCACUUACACAGAGCCGUAGCGUGACUUUGUGGCGCCCUUGGCGGAAACCCAACGUGGCGCCCCUUAUUUCUUAAAUCAGUGCUCGUUUCAAGUUUAUCACUUUUUCGUAUUCGUCCCUUAUCCAAAACUUAUAGAUGCACUUAACGUAUGUUCAUACCGUAUCUUCGUAUCUUCUCGUUCACCGUAAGCCCUGAACGAAAUAACAAAGCGACUUGAACAUUCUCUUCUCUCUGAUCGUCAGCCACAGAAGGAACUUCUUCGGAAGCUUGGGCGGAAGAUAUACUCGACGUCAUCACUUACCUUUUUGGUGGGGGGGACGUAAAGUACUCGAUCCUUUGCCAGCCUCGACUGACGCUUCCGCAUAAAAAUGUUCAUUUUGGCCAAGUACUUCUUCACCGUUUAGCCGGUUUCACUAACCUCCCGGUCCAAUGCACGGAACGUUGAGGCCACCCCUCUUUCGGUCGUAAUUUUUAACUUCCGCCCAGCACUGUCGGGCGGUCGGAAUCAGGCUUCCGUACAGCACUUUCGCCUUUCUCGCCUGGAGAAAGUGUUGCGAAUGUUAGAUUGCUCUAUCCGGCGGAUACGAAGUUCAUCAUGUCCAACUUCUUCGCUGGAAGUACGAACAAAGCAUCGAGCGUAAUUGUUUGACGGUUUUCACCAUGGCUGCUGCAUGCAAAUCAACCGAUAAAGUGGCAUAUCGCCAAAAUCAGUAUUGUUUUAAAUGCAUACGUUAUUGCUAAUGCUUUAAUGAAAUGUAGGCCCUUUUUGGCGCCCGUAAGAGCUUGCGCCCUUGGCGGGGGCCAGUCUGACCAACCACACUCUACGGCGCUGCACCUACAUUUGUAUACCUACUAAUGUGCCACUGUCAACUGUUGCUCUGAGUACUCAGAGUACUGAGAUCUGUACAGGUGGCACCUGCAUUACUUUCAGCUUUGAUACAAAGCGAAAAUAUGGCGCCCUGUCAGGGGCCUGGUUUUGGUUACAGACGUAACACUUAUAUACUAGAUUUUUUGGCUACACUGGAAGUUCAACGGAUUCUGUGCUUGGGGUGACCAGAAUUUACUCACUACAAGCCGUAAUCCACGUAUGGGGCCUCGCAUCUAACUAAGAGCGAAUCGGUGGGACCUAACCUAAUUUUCACCUAACCUCAGUUCACCGAAAAAACACUUUUUCUUGGUUUAACGAUCUUUUCUUCCCGUUACCGUUUACCAACAUAUUUCCGUACGCACAGCACACCAUCGCAAAAAAUAAAAUUGAUUCAACUAACCUGCUACUAUUAGGAAUUUGCAACUCAAAGCACUAAACAUUGCAUUCUAUAAGUUGCAUUACUGUGCGGGUUGGAAAUUUAAUUAAAUAUUGAAAUUUGUGCACAAUUUAAAUUCACCACUUCAAUUUUCACUUUUUCGCCGGCGAAUUUUCAAUUAUUUUUUCCGGCUAUUCCACUUGUUGAAACACUCGCAAAACUAACUCUUGCGCCCAAGUAGUUAUUUCGAAAGAUAUUAUACUGAUUUUUUCUAAAAUGUGCAUCUGAAUUGAUAGGAAAAACUUCAGUUCGUUUCUAUUGCAGUCCCGAAUCCACGGCCGGCAGGUGUUUGUUUGUAAGUAACCUAGUAACGAGCAGAGGGAUAUGCAGUGACGCCAGUAGAAAUUAUUGAGCACGAAAUGAGAUAGAUAUUUUCACUAUCAAAUUGACGAUCUGUGAGCGUUGAAAAUAUGACACCAAAAAAUUUCGCCAUCCCUAUUUUCACUUCAAAAAUUUUCGGCUGAAUUUGAGCCGGAUCCAUUUGUGAGUGAAGGCUGUCAGUUUCCGAUAUCUUCCACUCUGUUCAACGACUCGAACAGGAUGCAUACAAUGUGCCCGCGCGUUAUCGGGUUAUCCAAUUGUUCCUUAAUUUGCGAGCAGGACACCAUCGAUAAUAAUGGGUUGCUGCAUGUUUCUCAGAUGAACCAAUUAUUUUUAAACAAUUUGGAACUACAUUAAUGCAGGAAUCAAGCAACUUUGGCCAAUUUCGGCAAAACAACAUCGUUGGUAACCAUGGUAAUUUAAAAUACUUGAUAGAUUAUGUUCUAACUGCAAACAUAGCAGAGCAUAAUCUCACCUAAUUUGAUCAUAAUUGCGAUGAUCUAAGUUAGAAUUCUCAGCUUAGAAUAGUGAUUUUUUUUCUCAUCAACUUAGUGAAUGCUUCACCUGUGUUGUGGAACACACAACCUUUGAUCUAAUAUAUCUUUGCGUUGUGUUUUUUUAAGCGACUUUUGAAGGUUACAAAUAUUUGCUACAGAUUUUAGGUUUGAAAUUCUAGAUAGCUACUUCCGCUGUCACCAUAAACAAAAACCACACAAACACACGAGCUCUCAUCCCACUUUCAUCCCAAACACUGAAAAAAAAACAAAUAACCACCACCUUCAUAUAGAUAUGUAUAGAAAUUUACCAAUUGAUUUCGAUGUCUGAAAAAAUAUUAUUACUAGUACUACUAUUACUACUACUAAGCCUACCGCUGCUUGGACAACGGGCAGUUAGCGGUAAGUGGUAAGGUUUCAAAUGCACGCAGCAAGCAAAGCAAGAAGAUAAACACCUAACCUAUAUAGGAAUCACAGACUCACACGCAGACAAAAAAAGCUGUCUGAAAAGAAAAAAAAAACGGAGCAAGAGAGAUUAAAAAAUCUGUUUUCGUUCUAAAAAAUUUGUUAACCUGUCCACAGCUCUGUAAUAUAAGACAAUUCGUUUUCGAACUGGGAUUGUUCCCUUUUCUCUUUCCACACCACCCGCGCUGAGGGUGGGCGUUAAAUUGGCAAUACAAAAUUGUGAUCGGCAGAAUUUCCCUCCGUGUCCGUGCCCCGUCGGGGAAUGACAUUUAAACAAACAACUCUGUGAUUGGCAAGCGAGUGAAAAAAACGAUGAAAAAGCGUGAAGCACGCGGUCCGGGGGAAAUUGCUGUCCCAUUUUCUUCUCGAAAAACAAAAAAUUGGACGUCAAAAUUGUGCAUAAAUCAACUUAGUCAUUAUUGCAGAAUCAAAAUUCAAGCAUUGUGAUAAGAAUCGGCUUAAUACCACCAGCAACUGAUGGAAUUCCAAAUUAGUUGCACAAAUAUAAUCGCUUCCCGUUCAGUUUUGUGCGACUGGAAAGCGGACAAGUAAGAAGAAGCACUUGGUUCGUUAAUUGUUCAGUGAAACCACGGAAAAUCGAGACUAAAUCAAUUUUCGGCUUUACGUUUAGGAUACCAAUUAGAUAAGGUGUAAACAAAAUGGUGCUUUGAUAUUAGGAAGGAAACCACACACACAUACAGACACACGUUCAUACACGGGAAACUCUAUUGUUUUAAAUGCUAUGAGAAAAUGAAUACAUUUUUGUAUAUAUUUUUGUUACCUUUUUCUCGAGAUGAAAAAAAGUCCAGGAAACUAAUGUUUACCAUUUUCCCUCUAAACAGAAGAAGAAGAAGAAAAAAAUAUUGAUGUGUGAACAUAGUCAUUAAUCAUCAUCGGAAGUAAGCUACAACAAUAAGAAAAAAGGAAUCGUAUAUACAUCCAACACAAUAAGAAAAAUGAUAUGUAUGUAUUUUCUGUCCAAAUUUACAUAUAUACAUUGAGGAAGGAAGUGCGAAGCUAAAAUAAACUUUUCAGAAGACAAAAAAAACACUAAGGAUAUAUAUGAAACUUUAUAUUUUCAUGAAAUGUCUAAAUGUGAUAUAGGUUAUACUAUAAAAAUAUAAACGCGCGAGGAAGCAUAAAAAUAUGAACAACUAAUUUUAAUUUUUAGGAUGCUAAAACAAAAUGAACUGGAAUAUAUUUAGGUAUCUUUUAUAAUCGAAAUUCAGAACUCGAGCACGAGAAAUCAUCAUCUUCAGAGCGAGUAUAAAAAAGAUUCCGAGACACGAGCAGAUCCAUAAAACCAUAAAGGACUAUUUAGAAGUAUCGAAAUUAUAUACAACCGAAAAUCAAAACUAAAGAAGAAGAAGAAGAACAACAACAAAAAACAAAUCAUCAAAACACAUAUGGAUUAGUGAACUUUGUGGUCCAAAAGCAGAAAAAAAUUAAACAAGUUUAUAGAGAAAACUAAAAUUACACGAACAAAGAUGUAACAAAAAAGAGGAAAUCAAACAUCACCUUCUAGAAGUGACGAUCGAUGAAAUAACCUAUAACCAACCGAAGAUCACAUGCGACACGAUUAAUGACUUAAUCAUCACAACUCUAGUACGAUCAUGGUCAAUAGCAAAGUACUAGACCCUUACAAGCAAAACGUAAAAAAAGUCACCCUAAAGCGCUACCUUUGCACUUAAAAAACAGUUUUAGUGUGCGAGCGUAGCAGCACAGCUGGAAACGAAAUACGAAAACAAAAAACAUCUGUUUCACGUUUUGUUUUAGUAUUUUUUCUAUUUCUCAGUUAGUAUUUCAACCAACCAAAACAAUAGCCACGCUACCCACACAAACACACACAUUCACUAAAACACACACAAACACAUACACACACACAUUUCACAAAACCACCAGUAAAAAAGCAGCAAGCGACAGUUGUAAGGUUUUUAUUUCAUCUCCACAAAGCAAAGCAGAGCAUAAUUCAAACACACCCACACAUUCACACAUAAAAUAGAACCGACAACAACAACUACAAUAACAGUAACAGUAACAACAACAAACAAACAAACAGCAGCAGCAGCCAACCAGGUAUAAGUUUCUUAUACUGAACAGAUAAAACAGAUAUAUAAAACAGCUAAUUUGCCACAGGAUUAAUCUAAUCAACAGCAACAACAACAACAACAAUAAUAGAGAACAGAUCAAUCAAACAAACAAACAAACAAAAAGUAGGGCAAUUCCAUGCGAGUUUGCGAAUCGGCCUUCUUCGAUGGGCCACUGUCACCCCAAAUGUGUCAAGUUUUACAGCGUUUUUUUUCGCGUUUCGUAAAUGGCAACUUGUAAUACUGAAAAAACAGAAACGCGGUUAUAUCAUCGGAUCAAUCAAAUCUUCGGUAAUGUUGUAGAUAGUGAAAGUAUGGUAAAAUUACGAAUCCAGUUUUACAAUCAACUUGGGUUACCUGGGCUGGCAUGAGGGCCAGAAGCUAGUUGGAUGUCCUGCUCCCUUUGAUUGACUAGUUUUUCUUCAUAAAUGGUUCCAACAGAUUUUGUACCACAAAAUUUUGCUUAUUUGGCGCAGAAAGCUAAUUUGCCACAAACCGUUUGUCAUUUACAAGCUGUUUUCUAAGUUUUAUUGAGGUUUGUCAAUUGUUUAGAGAUCAUUUUGUGGUGUUAAAGAUUUGACGUCACUACUGGUUUUAGGAGUCAGGUAAUUAGCAGGGUUAAUGGGGGUCUUGAAACUGUGCCGGUAGACCCCAGGUCGUCUCUGAUCAUUCGUGUUCGGUGCUGAAUGUAUAAAUUAGCUUAAUUAGUUUCGACGAGAAGUCAUGUACGUUCAACUGAAUCGGACGCCCCCUUAAAGUCCACAAACAGAUAAUGAUGAGUAUGUAGGUUUUACUUGUUGGAACUUCCGAGAUAAAAAUUAUAAACAAAAAGGUUUUUUUUAUUCGAAAACUGAUUUUUCGAAUCACAUUUUUGAAAUCUUUUAGACAAGAAAUUACGACGACGCUCGUUCGUUAGGUUUGGGACAAGAAAUAUGAGUAUAGUCCUGUAUAGUUUUAUACCAUUUGCUCAGUUUGUAGCGGCUUUGUUCAGCUUUUUUUUCAUGAAAGUGUAUUACAGGAUUACAGGAUUUACAGGAUUUACAGGAUCUUUGUUGCUCUUCUCGUAAGUUAUGCCAAGGGAAUGUCCAAUCGUCCCACACGUCUUUUCGAUCGCCAGUAGAUGUAGUCUUCCCGUAAAAAAAUUUACAUUAAAUUUUGCAAUAGAAACAAUGCAUCUACAGCAAUUUUUAUUGUGAACAUUAAAACUUAUGGUAAAUUAAUUGUAAAAGUGCCUCAAAUUCAAAUUUUAUUCACAUUUUUGUUUCUUGUUUUAUGCUAUAGAAUUGGCUAUAUUUCAUCAUAAAUUUACUGCCUCUUUUUGAUUAUAUUUCGUUUUUUCGCCUAAAAAAAUUACCAUAAAAGGACGAUAACUUUUAUUGUAAAUAAAAAUUUACUUAUUUUUUUUAUUGUUAAGAUAUUAACAACCCGUUAUUUUUAUGGUAGAAUCUCUGAAAACCAUGAAAGUUAUGGUGGACAACAAUAAGUUUGAUAGUUUGGUUAUCUUUUCGGACGAUAAAUUUUAUCGUUUUUACUGUACUUUGUAUCCUACUGUUAUAAUAUUUUUUAUCUUCGUGUUAUGGUAAUUUUUUUCCGGGUUCUUAGGUCCUUCGAUUCCGCUAUCGUCACCAGAUCUCCAUAAUCUUCCAUAAUCUUAAUACUUCCUUCCUUCGCACAGCUUUCCUGCAACUCCUUACUUAGCAUUUCAUACUAUAUUUGGCAAUUUUUAGCAGGCAUUUUCACACCUGUCGACAACUGGAAUCGUCUGGUGUCAUUUCAAUAGUUCUCCGCCAGCCUAUUGUUCAAGCAUUUUCGGACGAUACAAGCUUGCUUGAAGUAUUCUUUAGACUUUUCGACGGACAUCUUGUUAAUCAAAGCCAUAAAACUCCCUACUACAAUGAGAACGUGCUGUUCAAGCCACAACUGAUAAUUCACGGAAUGUCCGUUGCAAUACUGUGUAAUUCGAUAUUCUCGUCCUCGUAAAAUUUCGUGACUGAUUCUAAGGUGAAAUUUGCUAUGGGACACCCUUUACAGACUUCCUUUGAAUAGUGGCACGAAGCUCGAACCGGCCAGAAGAUCGUAGGGCCCUCAUGUUGCUUCUACAGAGGAAGCAGACGCUUCUGUAGACACUGUCGUUGAGGUAGAUCUGCCCGUUUACAGUCCCGGUAGUCACGAACGGCGCACUCCGCUUGCCAAACCAUGUAUUUCUUGGCAAAUUUUGAAAGCUUCCGCUUACUUAUUUCAUCCGGAACAUUAAAUUUGUGAUGGGCGUUGAAAAACAGUAGCUCCGGAAGCUGUUGGAAGUCCGCCUUGACGUACGUCUCCUCAUACAUGAUGAGCCAAUGAGGCUUCGUCAGCAUUCGAAUGUACAGUUUCCGGGCGCGUAACUUUCCCACCGUAUUUUGUGUCGUCCGUCACGAUUUGGAGCCUUCUACACUUUGUACGUAUGCAGUCCCCCAGUUUUUUGGCUCUUUGAACGAAAGACUUGGACCGAAGCAUUGGGAUUCUCCUAAACGCUUCCACGACACGCUUGUAUAAACAAUACACUCUAAACUACUUCUACCCAAAUUUUCAAGAGAAAUUAUCCAAUGGGUAAUUUUCUACAGCGUUUCUUCCGUGGUGCAAUUUGAUGAGAAACACCCUUUAGUUGAAGCAUAUUUUCUCCUCUUUUCGACCCCGGAACGUAUCACGUAUCACGCAUCUUCUUAGAAUCUCAGAAUCUUCUUAGAACUUGUACUCUGAGCGUGAUCGUGUUUAGAAUAAGCAACUUUGUACACCUUUUCUGUCGGCUGAUCUGAUGAAAUAGCUUCCAUUUGUUGUUCAACACCUUGGGAAUUUCUCAAAGCUUCAAUUUCAGUAAACGCCAAUUUCAGUAAAUCUUUCAUCAAAAUUGUUCUGCGCACUUCCGUGCUGUCAAACCGUCCACCAUUCUGUUACAUUAGUUGGCGUAAUUUUCUUCGUUCCGAAGGGCUUUGGUGACGAACUAGAAAUAAAUUUGUCCAGUUAAGCGAUAGCAACGUGGUCAAAUCUGUUCAUGAUCUCUUAAAUUCGAGAGCGCAGAUCCACCCAGAUGAAGCAAUUUAGCUCGCAUAACUUUUUAAUCGGAAAUGCCACAUGCAUCGAAGUAUACUAUUCCGAUUUUAUCCUGAUUUUGUCAUCCUGUAAAUUUGCUUAGCUUAGCUUUUGUACUUUUAAACAUGAUUUAUAAAUUUUUUCAGCCUGUUUGAAACUAUUCUGAUUCUCUGGGGAGAGUUUUUGCAUUAAAUGAUGCCUUCUUGCAAGUAAUUCGGGGUCAAAAUUAGGGUAUUUUUAUAGUAAAAGUCCUAUAGUUCCUAAACAAGCAAAGAUAGAGGUAGUCUAUGUUCAGAAAUGUUGUGUAUUUUUACUGUUUGUACAACUGUGUAAAACAGAAAAAAGCCAUACAACAACUACAAAAACAGCUAAAAUAGAAAAACUGAUUUUAACGAUUUUUAAUAGGAUUUUUCUAUCUUCGCUGAAGAGCUGGAAGGUUACUGUCUUCAGUAAAAUUUCUUGUAAUAACAUGCUGUAAAACUUUGCAGAACACAUUAAUGUGUUAUAUUGAAACUGAAGAAAAAUAUUUUUUUUAUUGAACCUUUAGGGGGAUUAAUCAAAGUUUGAAUUCCGCUGGACGUCGUGUUGCCAGGUUUUGCUACAGAAAAAUCCGUAGUUUUACAAUCUGUGUCUUAAUCACAAAAGAAAGGGUUAUAAAUUAUAAAACUAAAUCAAAUUUUAAAUCAAGCUUUUGAUUUCAAUGCAAGUUAGACCGACGUUUGUUCUUCAUAUAUAAAGUGUUUCUCAGUUUUGCUAAAAAGUGACAUUUUUUAUCGCUUAGGUAUUCUUGAUUGCAUUUGAAACAAAUUAAUACUUGUUUGAAUCGAAUCAGUUUAUGAUACAUUUCAAAUUUCCUCUAUAUUAUUCAAGAACGUGUAAUCUUGACUUUCGUCAUUCGCCUUUAUUUGUCCGAUUUCUUCCAUUUUGGUUUUGGUGGUCGUUUGGUUGUUUUGUAUUUUUUUAAUGUAAUUAUAGUCACUUAAACAGCUUGGGUCAUUCGUGGUUUCUGUGGGACUGGCAUAUGAACCCGAGUCCAACGUUUGUUGGUCGUUUUUCGUCAUCGCCUUUUUGUCUCUUUUCAGUGAUUUGUUUGUCAUUUUUUAUUGCUUUUUGUGGCGUUUUUAGUUUGAUAGCAUCGUCAUUAGUGACUUUUUUAGCAUAGCCUGUCACUGUUUUGCCGACUUUUUAUUGUUUCUCUAAUACCUUUAGCCAAAGGCUACAUCUAUUUACAGUCUUUUCGUCGUUUUGUAUUACUUUUCUGGACAUUUUGUCGCUGUUUGUAACGUUUUUGACGUCUUUCAACUUUCCGCCUACUUUUCUUCACUUCUUCGUCAUAUCUUUUCGCAGGCAUUUCACUGCCUGUUCGUCGAUUAUUUGCUGUCGUUUCAUGGUUCUUUCAUCGGCUUUUCGCUACCUUGCAUUGCCUGUUCGUCAUAUUAUCGUCGCUUUUUCGGAACCUUUUAUCCGUCUUUUUGUAAUCUCCUUAUUGCCUUUUAUCCGUAUUCGUCAUCUCAUUGUCAUUUCUCUGUUAUAUUUUUAUCGUCUUUUCAUAGUCUUUUUUUACCAUCUUGCCAUCGUAUUUUCGUUGUAUGACAUUUUGCCGCCUUUUCUUCGUUUUCAUUGUCAUCUUUUUAUCAUCUCUCGUCCUGCUUGUUGCCAAGAUUACAAAAUUGUUGUGUUUUUCUUGUCUUUUCGUUGUUCUUUCGACGUCUUUUUGAUGACGUAUAUUUGCCUUCUUUUUGCAGUUUUUUUGCAUGUUUUAUCGACUGUUUGACAGUUUUUAAAUAUCUCUUUCCCAUUUUUUGUCGUGUUUUUUUGCAGUUUUUGGUCGUCUUCUUAUCGUAUUUUUGCAAUGUUUUUAUCACAGUUCCAUUGACUUCUAUUCACAUUUCCGUCAACAUUUCGCUGUCUUUUGCCGGCUCAUCGUUUCUAUUUAUUUUAGUCAUCUUUUCAUCGCUUUUUGAAGGUCCAAGAAUUUUUAUUUGUCGCGUAAAAAGAGCAUAUUGAACAUUAAUGCAUAUUGAACAAGGAUUCCAUCUACUUGAUUGAAGAAAAAACAAACUUAUUCGCUUGAUUUUGAAGUUCUAUCGCACUACAGAAAUCAAAUUACAGAGCUGCCAGAAUAUGGGAAAAAAUAAAAAUGAAAAUAAUUAGCCAUUUUGCCGCACCCCAAGCAACAAUGUGAGUUUUAUUGUACUCUUAUGACGGUUUUCAUAACCAAUUUUGGUCUUAAAUGCCAUCAUAAGAGUGUAUUAAAACCAAAUUGUUACUUGGGACUUCAACCAGGAAAAUAUCAGUAUUACCAUAAAUUUCUGCCGUCAAAGCGAAAAAUGCUAGUUUUAAUGCGUUUUAAUGCGCACCAUAAAAAGGUUCUGGACCAGUGUGCUGUGCCCGGUUCAUUGAGCUUUCGCUUGACCAAUUGAGGGUUAAAAUUUAAUUUCUCGAUAUUACAAGGUCUUAAGUCUUGAAUUUUGAAAAAAAUUCCGAAUUUUUUUUUCCAAUUUUGUCAGGGCUGCUUAUCAUCUCCUCAUUGAACUUGCCUAUCCUUAUGAGAUGAUGUUUGCUCGGGCAGUGACCGGAGAUUAGUCCUGUCAUUGUACUCUUUGGUCUUUUUUGCUGAGCCUAAGCAAUGCUUGGCUUUUCCUGAUAUUAGGAUCUAUAAACCUUUUUGAUUGUCGUAGUCCGUUUAUGCCAUUCCAGUUUACUUUGAUGGUCGUUCUUACCCACUCGUCAAAUUCCGUUUUUACAGCACUUGACGAGAGUCCACAAAAUGGUUCUGGUCCUAUAAAUCUUGCCGAUGAUCCUUUUCGUGCCAGUAAAUCGGCCUUUUCAUUUCCUUCAAUUCAACAGUGGCCCGGAAUUCAGUAAAGAUUGACCUGGUUCUUAUGAGCUAGCUGUCGCAGUAAAAGAUUACAUUCCCACACCAGUUUGGAAUAGCACAUUGCGGCCUUUAGAGCCUUGAGUGCUGCCUGACUGUCAGAGAAAAUGCAAAUGUUUGCAUGUCGGCAAUUUCUCCUCAUAUUGAUCUAUUCCAGGACCGGUGCUGCCGGCUCUAAGACCCCAGUUCUUACCAACGGCUCGACUGCACGCCCAUAGAGCACUAGUAGCCUCAUUUAUAACCUGUUAGAUAUGUGCAUUCCAGUUCAGUAUUUGGUCCAAUAUUAUUCCCAAAUGCUUUACUACUUUGGACAUUUGUAUCUCUGUACCACCGAGUUGUAAUUUCGAAAUGGUGUAUUUCCUCUUGCGUGUAAAAGGAAUGAUUGUUGUUUAUGAGGUACCAUUUAACUGUGAAAUUUAAUGCAGACGGCAUUCUACUGGAUAUUACAUUAUCAAAGGGGAGGGAAACUCUAGUGAGAAUUACUACAUCGUCCGCGAAAGCAAUCACCUCCUAGCCUUUGACGGUCAGGUUAUUGAGCAGAUCGUCAACGACCGACUAGCGACCACACAGUAGGGGCGAAAGUAUCCCACCUGAGGACAACCUUUAGUUUAGUUUUCCUUGUUUGGGACAUACCUCCAAGCUGGGCAGUAAUUUCUCGACUAGCACUAGCACUAGGCUUGAAUCCAACUGAUUAUACAUUGUGAUUAACUCCGUGCUUUCUCAUUGCCUUUUCCAUUGAGUAAUGUGAAGUGUUGUCCAGUGCUCCUUCAAUAUCAAGAAAGGCUGCUAGUGCGAUUUCUUUAGUUUCAAUUUUCCCCACCAACAUGUGUAGUUCGUCUAUUGUAGAUUUGUUAUUUUGAUAAGCAAAUUGAAAUUUACUUGGAAGAUCCUUUGUUUUGAUUUGGUGAUCAAUUAAUUUUUCCAUUACUUUCAGAAAUAUGGAAGUUAAACUAAUUGGCCUGAAUGACUUUGAAAUGACCUGAAAACUACUCUCGUUUUCCUCCAACUGUUAGGAAUGUGGUUUAGUAAUAAGCUAGCGCGACAAACCUCGGAGGUGAGGGGAACGACAAGCUGCUUACACUUUUGAAGCAUGAUUCGUACAAUUCCAUUAAUUCCUGGGGAUUUAAACGGCUGGAAGGAGUCAAUCGGCCAAUCGACUUUCGAUUCGCUAAAUAUGGAGCUAGCUAGUAACUGAACUUCUGUCCUAGACUCGACAGAUCUAGGCGUUACUUCAGUUAGUUCCUGACCCAUUUCAGUGUCAAUCGGGGAAAAGACCCUGGGAAGUGUUUUUCCAUCAUCAUGUAUCUAUGCCUUCAGUGUUGUGUAAUUGAUUUUUUAAUUAAGGUAGCUCCAGAAUAACCUUCUCAUUAUCUACAACUUUGCCGAAAACAAUCGAUCCGACAAGUUUGUCUUGUGACAAGUAUUUUUUUUUUUAAAUCACCGCGUGUGAGAUAAAGCCGCACAUCACAAUGGCGAAUUGAUGUUUUAAAUAAAAUAGUGAUAGUGUUCAAGUGUACAGUAAGCUUCAAAUCAAAUCGGAGACUGUCGAUUCAAAAAGAAGAUCCUUUAGUUUUUCAUUCAGCAUGGAAUUGCUCAACAGCGACUGUGGAGCUUCGAGCACUCACCACGAUCACGAUUAAGCCAACGGAUCCAGCGGAACGAUUCACGAUUCAAGCUCGCCUACAAGCAGUCAGACACAUACGAACGCACUGCUGCUGGGGCCGCCACAGGCUUGGUGGGAUUUUUUCGGAGUGCCAUACCGACGGCGCACGUACACACAAACACUCAAACAAACACACAACAUUAACGUAAGCAUUCCACAAAAAGGUAACGCAUUUAAAAAUAGGAGACAACAACAACAAACAAACAAACAAAACCCGAAACCAAUUCAGGGACGGACGAAUAAACGUCUUAAAUAAACAUCACAUUCCUAGCAUAAACACUCACACGCAGCAGGCCUGGGCGCUAAGUAGGCGCGUUCGUAUGUGUUGCUUCCGAAGUGUCAAAAUUUCGUAAUCGUACGCUUACGUAGAUCACGUGAGUGAAUUGAACUCCACCUACAACAUUUUUUGAUUAUUAGCCACCGUCUCUUGCCAUUGCAUUGUUGGCAACACAGAGACCGAAUAAAUGAGAACGGUCCAAUAAAUCUAAUUUUUUGCGUUUGUUUUACGCUAGAAAACAAUCGACAGUAAAAAACCGGUUUUCGGUUGUUUGAGGAUACAUUUUUUUUGGAUUUUUUUUCUAAACUUUUAUUUACUAUGCAGUUCACUACAUGAACAGGUCAUUCCAAAAAAAAAAGAAAAGCUUAUCACGAAAAACAUUAUAUACAUGAAACGGAACAGAAGAAACUAAAUGAAGAAUAUUGAUUAAUUUCAUGAUUGUUACGUUUUAAUAUUUACCCUUUUUUUCUAGAAAGCUCAUAUUUUUUACAAACUUAUUCUUUAGUUCAUGUUUUUGUGUCUAUUUCCUCUUCUUAUUGCUAUUAUUUUUAAAACAAAAAAAAACUAUCAUAAGAGCAUUAUUGAUUUUACAAAAGACAAAGUUAUAUUUUUUUCGCGAUAAGAACGAAACCGUUUGUUUUAGGAGUACUAAUAAUCACUUAGCAGCUUUAAGGGUACUUUCAUGUUGUCUUCUUCCAAGUUUGAAGUUGAUGCGAAAUUUGUUCGUAUUCGUAAAGUUUAUGUUAGUUAAGUUUCCUUUUAACUGUGCUAAUUGCCUCAUGGAAGCGUGCGCGCGCGCGUGUGUGCGAAUCCAAACAAGUUUAAGUUUAGGUAAUCGUAGAAGCGAGAAGCGGAAAUAAAUCAAUAUUCUUAACCGAUGUUCACACAAUACGCAAACACGGAAAGCAUUUUAUACUUAACCGAGUCCCGUGCUGGCGAAUCCAGCCCGGCCCAGCUUAGAAGCGAAGAGAUUCUUACUCGCAGAAUUCGCAAAAAAACACACAGGCAGGACAGAACAGUGCGCAGACAUAGAAAAGCGAACCCAGGAAUGAGUUAAACAAAAAAGGCAUAUGAGUUAUCAACAACGUAAGCAAAGAUGAAACAAAUAUAAAUGUAAAAUAUUGUAAGCAAAGCAGAAACAAUAGAAAUAAAUUUAUUGAUCAAAGUGAAAAACAGAUAAUAGGAUUUAUCAGCAAGAAAGGCGUAACAAUAAGGAUGACUAGUAAUACAACCCUAUAAACAAACAAGACAGUAAAUAAAAAUCGCUUCAAUAAUACAACCGUUAGUUUCUUUGGUUUUUUUCGCUAUUAUAUCGUUUACUUGUACAUACAAUUUAGCUAAAGCAAGUUCAAUAGGUUACGUUCGUUGUUGAUUUGAGUCCCAAGUUCUGUUUAUUACUUCUUAACACUCUCACCUAGAACCUGAAUCGGAUUCGAACACACCUUCUUCAAAAAACCCGUAAGCAGCGAUUGUAAAUACAGCAAGCGCCCACCGCCGGUGGCAAAUCAAUUGGGCAACAAUUUAGUUUUUUUUCCACACAAACUGCAGUUAUCGAAACGUUGUAAUUGGUAUAAUACAGAUUGAUAAUUUUCUUCAAAGCAGUUCAUAAGCAAAAUCAGCAUUAAGAAUUACAAUUACAUAAUGCAAUAAAACCGAGAAGAAAAAAAAACAUUAAAAAUAUCUUGCAACAACCAUGUAAACAGGAAAAAAAGGAUUGCAUAGUCAAAAAAAUAAUAAAUGAAAGAAAAAAGCAAACAAAAAAACAGAUCACUACUUACAAUAGAAAACCUACAAAAAAUACAAUUUUAAGGAAUAGUCCAGUUACAAUCUAAACAGGCUUUCGACACAAACAGAACAAAUCGAUAAACGAUGAUGAUGAUGAUGAAGAUGAUGAUGGAAAACCCAAACGAACGGAAUAUAAAGAACGGCCAGACAGUAUCAAACGCGCAAUAGAAUCAGACCACCACAAUAAAGGCAAACAAUCCUGAUUUGAUGAAACAAACAGAAAACACGAACACCGAUACAAAACAUACACACACACGCACACGAACACAUAGACAAUCCACACAAACAUUUUUACUAUUAUUUCUUUUGGCAAACGUUGCAACCAACCGCGGGGGCACUCACACGAACACAGAAGCUCACAUAAAUGAAGAACGGUGGACAACAAAACGCGUCUCGACGGCACCCAAACUGCAAAACAGCAACAAAUACGUAUGUAUAAAGUAGUGUAGUAGUUUAGUAGCUUUACGUUUUUUUCCGGAUCCGGAUCCGGAAACAAUAGAAAACCAGAGGCUUUUCUAACCCAACAACCACCACACAAGGGGAUUAGGAACGUAGCUGAUGAGUAUAGAGGAUUAAUUUUAAUUCAUUUAGUUUUUUUUCAUUUAUCUAAAUCAGAUGGUGGCCAGACCGCCGCCAGAAACGAACGGAGGAAAAUCGAUCAAGGCCCUAAUGUUGUGCCAGUUUAUGUUAUAAGAGAAGCAUGCAGAGAAAACAAAAAAAACAAAACGAGGGGUAACUACUUAGUAGAUAAUCUUAGGGCAGGACCGGGCAAGAGAUUCUCCUAGAUGGCAGUAGACGUAGCAGUUAGGGGUUCUUUAGCGUGUAUCCGCAAUUCUGGACGAAAUUCACCGCAGAAAAGUCGCAGAGGAAGCGAACCGAAACGUGGACGAAGAGCAAAGGCACACGGAGUAGUAAGGAAGGUUUGUCUUUUGUUGUACAGAAAAAACGAAAUGUUUCAAACAAAGUGUCGGGAUCAGUAGCAAGCAAAUUAAUUCGUUAUUAUUUUAGACAUAGUUUAACCGCUAGCCGUAAGAAUGAAGCCAAUGGUUACAAUGUAAGGUCUAGUAGUAAGGGUAUGAAUAUUAACAAUAUAUUUUUUUUAAUUUGUUAGGCAAUAUUAAUUUCAUGUCACAAGUACAAUAGAGCAAAACUUCUGUUAGGAUGUUAUUUUUUCUACUGAGUAGCAUUUAAACAAGGUGUCGGAUAGUUUAUUCAUAGAGUCGCGGCGCGUUUCGAUGCAAAUCCACCAGCGCCCGCCCCGGUUACAACGUUAUUCACGGACACAACCAAACAAACAGUCAAGCAAUAAACCAGGAAACAGUUUUACAACAGAGGCAAUACUUUAAUUUUGAAUCCCAUUUAGUUCUCAGUCUUACAACCGGAAAUCAAAACACAACCAGAAAGUUCAGACAAGUCGAAAGAAAGUCCAAAAUUGCUAACCAGACAAAAAAAAGAAGACUGAAACCACCUUAGAACGCUUUUAAAUUCAACGUUGAAUCUGUAAUUCUGAAACUGCAAGAAAACUUUCAUUUCACUUAGAGAAAAAAAAAUCUUUUUGGGACCAACACCUCAAAAAAUCAGCUUCUAUACGGUUCAUAUCCAAUUCAGAAACAAAAGUCCCAAAAGUGUAGGAGGAAACCAAACAAAAAAAGAAAAGUUUGAAAAAUGAUAACUUCAAUGCCUUUUAUGUAUGACAGCUGCAGUCUACGCUGAAGCAAAAACUGAAAAAUCGGAUUUAGAAAAACAAAAAAAAACAAACAGAACACACACAUAAAAUUGAAAAUUUAACAACAGAAAGAAAAGGUCACCCCUGAUUAGAGAAACAAAAACAGGAGGAAAGUAAAGAUAUACAAAUACCUGACCGCGUACACACUCACAAGUCAUUAAAACGGACGUUAGAGAAGAAAUUAAACAAAAAUCAAAGCAAACAGCAAACUUCUGCGCAAGUAGACUAAAAAUAUCCGGGAGUUGCAAACGUAGCCAGGCCAAACGCGGGAAAACGCAGAAAAAAAACCGAAAACAAAUCACACAUAUUAAAAUAACCGGAGGAGUGUUAUUGCCCGAAGCAAACAAAAAAAAAGAACAAAACAAACAACAAAAACACGAAGGAAUCGUGCAAGUCCCUGUUGCCAGAGCUUGUACUCUGGACUGGGAGAGAGCAAGAAGAUAACGUGAACACGCAUCUAAUCCUCCUCGGAUGCGAACUAACCGUUUCACACUAACACACACCUACAACACAAACACAAACAAACAAACACCCACCCACGCAUACAUAAAACACACACUCACACAGACAGACACAGAUACGGAAAAAACACAUUCGAGCGUAACGUUCUGUUUGGGAGCCCUUUUAGAAGAUGAUGACAAGUAAAUGGAAAAGGAGAAAAAAUGAAGAAAAAAAAAACACACACACAGAGAAGGUGAAAUCGUGAGCAAGACAGCAGAUAAAUCUUGAAUGGGAAUAUAAUUCAACAAGAAUAUAAUUAUUAUUGUAAUAUAUUUAUAAUGUGAAUUUGGAAUAUAACCAGUAUUUAUUAUACUGUAAU